AAAGCAGCAGAAGUCUGAGCUUUUGCUUCAACAAUGUCUUUGCUUGUUUCAUGCAAAAUUGUUCCCCAUCAUAAACAUACGUCGCAACCUUACAAAUUCCAUUACUAUUUUUAACUAAUACUAAACUUAUGACAUCUAAUGGUAUUUUGACUUUAUUAACUGUAUAAUGUAAACAUUUAAAGAUGUUAUAAAAUGAAAACAUUUAAAGUCUUAGUAUUAUUUUUAACAUUUUUACCAAGAAAAAAAAAGUCUUAGUAUUAUUUAUCAUGUGUUAUAUUAUGAGCAAGUUUUGUUAUGAGCAAUCAAAUUCAUUUAUCAUACAACUAGAACAUAUCCUAUUUUAUUUCAUAUUUACUACAAAUUUCAUUUGGGAAUAAAAUAUUUUCUAUUUUAGAGUAAAAAUUAAAAUUAUUAUUUAUUACUCUAUUUUUAUAUUAAAAUGAAUAUUGACGUAAAUUUUAAUUCUAUUUUAGAAUUACUAUAUUUAAUUUAAAAUAUAAUACUAAUAUGUUAGAGAUGCUCUUGUAAUCAAUAGCUUUUUGAACAACAACUCCACGACCUACAAUUCUAAAUACACACAUUUAAGAUGGACAGAACUCUCCUGCAUACAGAAUAGCUCUACUUGGGGUAUAAUAUAUAUAUGUGAAACUUCCGAUAAAUUUUGAAAUAAAUCUGCAAAAGCUGUUUGUUAUAAAUCAAAUUCCAAACCCGAACCUUUAAAGUUUCUUAAUUUCGUGAAAAGUAUUUUAGAUAUUUAAAAAACUAUGUUUUGGCGAAAGAAAUCAUGUAUAGAAUAAUCUUUUGGCCUUUUUCGAAAAUUGAGUAAUAAGGAAAUAUGCCAAAGGAGCGUAAGGCCAAGGGUGGAAGCCAAAUCAUACAAAUCUCGUGUCUUUUCUUGGGUCCAUUUAAGAUAGUUUGUCACUAGAGACAUCAAUCGGUUUGGUCCGAACGAGUCGCCAACAUUUCGGGCCGGUUUUGCAAAUUUUUGACCGACCAUCAUUAAUGAGUUCAAUGACUCUUCUAUGUCAGUGGUCUUCGUGACUUGUGUGGCCGUGAUUAAGUCAACUUGCGCAAGUAAAAACUUAUACACAAUGGUGAAAUUGCUAAAUUAUAUGGCUCCUUCAUCACCAAGCCGUUCUUCUUCUAAAAACUAGUUUCAGUUCUUUCUUUAUGGCUCUUUCAUCAUCAUCAUCUUAUUCUUCUUCUACCUCCUAUUCUCGCAGUUGUGUGUAUGAUCACUGCGUUUAAAGACAACGAGAUCAAGAGAAGCCUGUCACUUGAUCCCGAGCAACAUGCAAUCAAGAAUUCAAGGAUUGUUGUGGUUGUGUUGUCCAGAAACUACGCCUCUUCAAGUUGGUGCCUUAACGAAUUGGUGGAGAUCAUGAAUCGCAAGAAAAAGUUUGGUCAAAGGGUGAUACCGGUUUUCUACGGUUUGGAUCCUUCUCAUGUACGAAAACAAACCGGUGACUUUGGAAAGAUCUUUGAAGAGACAUGCCACAACAAAACAGAAGAAGUGAAAACUAGAUGGAAGGAAGCUUUGACCAAUGUAGCAAACAUCCUUGGAUACCAUUCUGUGAGCUGGGGCAACAAAGCUACAAUGAUUGAAGGAAUUGCCAAUGAUGUUUUGGACAAACUGCUUUUAACUCCAUCAAAGGAUUUUGAUAACUUUGUUGGCAUUGAGGAUCAUAUAGCUCAAAUGAGUGCGUUGUUGCAUUUGGAAUCUGAAGAAGUGAGGAUGGUUGGUAUAUGGGGCUCUUCGGGAAUUGGUAAGACGACAAUCGCAAGAGUUCUGUUCGGUCGGCUCUCUCUACACUUCCAAGGUAGUAUUUACAUAGACAGACGUUUCAUCUCCAAGAGUAUGGAAAAUUAUAGUAAAUCCAACCCGGAUGACUAUAACAUGAAGUUGCACUUGCAAGAAAAUUUCCUCUCUAAAAUAUUAGAUAAGAAAAUCAUAGAGGUAGAUCACUUAGGCGUGGUUAAAGGGAAGCUAAAGGACCUUAAAGUUCUUAUUAUCAUUGAUGAUUUGGAUGACCAAGUGGUGUUAGAUACUUUGGUGGGUGGAGAUGAAUGGUUUGGUCCUCGAAGCAGAGCCAUUCUAAAGGGUCAUGGGAUCAAAUGUAUUUACGAGGUGGGUAUGCCAUCUGAAAAUUUAGCUCUUCGAAUGUUCUGUCAAUCUGCUUUUAGACAAAAUUAUCCACCUGUUGGUUUCAUGGAGCUCGCUUCUGAAGUUGCAGCACGAGCAGGUGGUCUUCCUUUGGGUCUAAACAUUUUAGGUUCAUGUUUGCGGGCGAGAAACAAGAAGUACUGGGUAGACAUGUUGCCAACACUAGGGAAAGGGCUAGACGGAAAAAUAGAAAAAGCCCUACGAGUUAGCUACGAUGGAUUAGAGAGGAAGGAACAUCAAGCAUUAUUUCGUCACAUUGCAUGUUUCCUUAACGGUGAUGAAAUCAAGAACAUUAAGUUGAUGCUUGCAGAUAGUGAGUUGAAUGUUGAUAUAGGUCUAGAAACUCUUGUUGAGAAGUCCCUCAUACGUAUAAUACAAUCAUUAGAUAUAAAUAUCGUUGAAAUGCACUGCCUAGUAGAAGAAAUGGGAAAAGUACAUAAGACGGCCUUCAAAGGGAUGCGGAAUUUCCGGUUUCUAAACAUGUACACUAAGAAAUGGGACCAUGAAAAAGAAGUCAUAUGGCGUUUUGGGGAAGGCCUUGACUAUUUGCCGCCGAAACUUAGAUUCUUAAGGUUGGAUGGAUACCCAAUGAAAUGUAUGCCUUCUAACUUUUGUCCUACAUAUCUCGUUAAGCUUCAUAUGCAAGGGAGCAAGCUAGAGAAAUUGUGGGAAGGAGUUCAUGUAAUCACUUACAGGCUAAGGAACAUGGAUUUACAGAGAUCUAGAAAUCUUAAAGAAAUCCCAAAUCUUUCUAUGGCUAUUAAUCUUGAAACACUUAAUCUUGCGUUUUGCUCGAGUUUGGUGGAGCUUCCUUCCUCUAUUCAAUAUCUCAACAAACUCAAGAAGUUGGAUGUGACAUUCUGUGAAAAUUUGGAGAUUCUUCCAACCGGAAUGAAUCUGGAGUCUCUAGAACGGUUCACUCUCAAGGGAUGCUCGAGGUUGAAGAGUUUUCCUGAUAUUUCAACCAACAUUUCCGUGCUUGAUUUAAGCGAAACAGCCAUUGAAGAAUUUCCAUCUAGCUUGCGUCUAGAGAAUCUUGCUGAGCUUGGAAUGUGUAGAAUAAAGAGUGAAAAUUUGUGGGAAAGAGUCCAGCCGCUUACACCUCUCAUGGCCAUGCUGUCUUCCUCUUUAACGAGGUUGUACCUCUCGGAUAUACCAACUUUGGUGGAGCUUCCUUCUUUAUUUCGUAAUCUCAAUAAACUGAAAAGUUUGAGCAUUAGACACUGCAUAAACUUGGAAACUCUUCCUAACGGCAUCAACCUCAAAUCUCUCGACAUACUCGAUCUUACUAGUUGCUCACGGUUGAGGAGUUUUCCUGAUAUCUCGACCAACAUCUCAGAGCUUUUUCUAAGCGAAACAGGGAUCGAAGAGGUUCUCAUCAAGCUACUGGAAGCUUUUCCUCAAUGACUAUUCCUCUAUCUCACUGCUUUCUCUUGCACCCCCUCUUCCGAUUUAGGGUUUGCACACGACUCUAUGCCCACAAGUGAUGUCAAUGGAGUAUAUAUCCAUGUGAGUUGUCGGUUCAAAGGCAGAUUUGGGAACAUCUUUGAAUCCUUUGGACAGCCACAUAGCUUUUUGACAAAUCAGAAGGACAGCCAUCUAUUUAUAAUGGACUGUCGUUUUCCCCUAAACAAAGACAAUGCAUGCUACGAUCAGGUGGAUAUACAACUUCAUGUAAGUAAUAAUGGGGAGUCUACGUUCAAGUUAAAGAAAUGGGGUAUAAGCCUAUUCAGUAGCGGAGAACAGACAAUUAGUGAUCAAAACAUUCUUCCACGUGUUUAUGAACCCGAUGAAGAGAAUACUGUUUAUGGUAUUUGCCAUGAGACUGAACUAGGUGACGAACCUGGAGAUGAGUUGGUGGAAACGAUGAGAUGCAGGAAGCGAAUGCGAAGAAGCAUUACUUAAGCAUCAACUGAAACUGAAUACUAUAUAUGUAUCUCAUAAUUCGUUUUUGAGGACCAAUACAUGACUGUUUCUAUAAUAAUAGAUCAUUCCAUUGUGUUUUACAGACUUAGGGAUGUUAAUAUGGGCUCAACCCCACAGGGUUAGCCCAAACCCUCUGAAACCAUCUGUAACCCUAACCCUUAUUUAUGUAACAGGGUUUAAAAAAGGCUGGCCCUAAUAGGUCUAGGGUUUAAAUCUUAACCCUUUAAUUUUGAUUCACACAAUUAUUUUACAAUAUUUAAAUAUAUACUAAAGUUUUUAAUUUGUUAGAUGAUGCAAAAUAUAAUUUUUCCAUAAAAUUUUCAAAAACAAAAAAAAAAUCAAAUUUUUUU